UAUUGAUCAAGACAUACCCUAGGGUAGCACUGUACGAUUGUUAACCAGGAUCAUAAGGCGUUAUGGAUAUUAAUUAUUAUUUUGUUUACGUGUUAAUUGGUCUUUCGAAUAUAUUUACAGCCGUCCAAACCAAGCGUCUAGAUGAUUAUAUCACCCACUACGAAGGGCUUCAUUAUGACACUGACACAUUACACCAGCGCCACCUACGUUACAGGCGAUCAAACACACAACGCCAUUUAGUAUUCAAAUUCAAAGCUUUCAACAGAGACUUCGAUUUAGAGUUGGUUCCAGACGAUUCCAUAUUUACGCCUGAUUUUUCACAACAGUAUAACAAUGGGUCAACGUACCCGGCAGAUAUAUCAUUUAUAUACAGAGGAAAGGUCAAAGGUGACCCUGCCUCGUACGUACACGGCAGUGUAUUGGAAGGGGUGUUCCGAGGGUUCAUCGUCACCAAUCGAGAUACUAUUUACCACCUCGAACAUGUCCGGAGAUUUUUCCCAGCUGGACAUUCCGUACCUUACCAUUCCGUCAUAUAUAAAAGUGACCAUGUUAACCUUGACCCCUACCGACACCGUCGUGCCGCUGGCGAAGGAGCUUGUGGUCUGGAAAAACAUCGGCAAUGGAUGGAGCAGAAAUCAACCCCAGAGGACAGCAACCAAAAGUCCAGUAAGUACAGUGAAUAUGCUAACAAUGACCGGAGUGACUCCCAGGGAGCCACACACCACGAUGGAGAAGAUGGUAUAACCCCUGGCCACACCUGGGAGGGGUCACAAAACUUUUUACAGAAUGGACAAGGCCAUAGGGCUAGACGAAAUGCUCCCUCAUCCAAGUCGACCAAUCGUCUAGGGGCACGAAACACGUGCUACAUGUACCUGAGGUCAGAUCCAAUCAUGUGGCGAUACAUAAAAAAGCAGGGCAUGGAUGAUAGCGUGGCAAAGAAUGAGAUACUGGCGAUGUUCGCGAAUCACGUGGCUGCAAUUAACGAAAUUUAUAAACCCACCAACUUUACGACGUAUCCCUAUCAACCGACCGACUACUACUAUAUUGGAGUCCAGUUCAGGGUUCAAAGAACAUCGGUGAUGACGGACCAAACCGAGAACUGUAACACUACGAAAGCCAGCCAAUUCUGUAACCCGGACAUUGACGUCAGUAAUUUCCUCGAUCUUACUUCACGAGAAAAUCAUGACCAAUUCUGUCUGGCCUUCACGUUCACAGCACGAGACUUUUCCGGAGGAACUUUGGGACUGGCUUGGGUAGCAUCCCCUGAGAACUCAGCAGGAGGCAUAUGUGAGAAGUACAAAUCAUUUCCGGAAGAUGAUGGCCAGGUCGUGAGUAAAAGUCUAAACACUGGUAUUGUGACGAUCAUCAACUACGGGAAACGUGUAGCCCCAACUGUGUCCCAUCUCACCUUCGCCCACGAGGUGGGACACAACUUUGGAUCUCCUCACGAUACCGGUAUAUGUGCGCCUUACAAUACACACUAUCCCGGGGCCUCGGCGGGAAACUAUAUAAUGUAUGCCAGUGCUACCCACGGGGAUCUCCCACAUAACCACGAGUUCUCAGUGUGUAGUAAGGACAAUAUGACGCGCGUGCUACAUUCUCUACUAGAGGGGAGGUUCAAGAAGAACUGUCUACAGAACCAGGAGGGGUCUUUCUGUGGUAACGGUAUCCGUGAGGAGGGAGAGGAAUGUGACUGUGGUUAUGUGGAUGACUGUGAUGAGAAGUGCUGUAACCCACGUCACGAAAAGAAGAGAGAUUCAGAUUGUAAACUCAAGCCAUCAUAUCAAUGCAGUCCGUCACAAGGUCCUUGUUGUACGUCCGAGUGUGAAUUCAUCACUGCGUCCAUUAACAAAACGUGCCGGGCAGCGACGGACUGCAUCUAUAGUUCUAGAUGUCCCGGCGACUCGGCAGAAUGUCCGUCACCCAGGGACAAACCGGACAUAGAAACACUGUGUAACGAUAAACUAUCAGUCUGUCAGAAAGGGGAGUGUACCGGAUCGCUGUGUAAAAAGGUCGGCUAUACAAAUCACGGUCAUGAAUCCUCAUGGGUAGAAUGUGAGAGCAGUUCCCCGCAGUGUUUCCUGUCUUGUCGAUAUAAUGGAACUAAUAAUACAACAGAUACUUGCAUCAGCUCCAGCUCAAUACCCCAAGGUUCUAAAUAUGACGAUUACAGAAAUUUAGUGAACUCCAUCAAAGGUCCAGAUUCAAAAGUACCUCUCCCAGCAGGGUCUCCAUGUGACGAUUUCAAGGGCUACUGUGACGUGUUCAGUCGGUGUCGGACCGUCAAUAACAAUGGACCGUUGGCAAGGUUACAGAAUCUCAUAUUUGGUAACGAGACUUGGACAAUGAUUCGGGAAUGGAUAGUCGAAAAUUGGUGGAUUGUCAUGCUGAUAGCCAUGGCGCUUGUUAUUUUUAUGCUUAUCUUCAUCAAAGUCUGUGGUGUCAACACCCCCAGCUUUGACCCCAAACUUAAACCUGUUUCCAAGGUAACGCCGACGUCACCGCAACCAAAAGGCAGAGACUCGAAUCAGAAACAGGCGCGGAGACCUCGUGACCAAUAUUUGGAUGCAUAUGAUCGAUCACCAAGGCAACCAAGAGCAUCACAUGACCAGAAUCACCCCAGAGAAUUCUAUCACAUGGGAAAUCGACAACGAUAUUAAUCUGCUGGAGUGACCGUCCAUGCUGCCAUCCCAGACGGCAAGGAUACUGAUCAGUUCGGCUGACCAUUUACAUCAUUUGUGCAUAUUCAGUGAUUAUUCUUAAUCAACCAAAAUAGUCCUCAUCGUGCUAGACGAAAGUUAUCAACAUGAAUAUUCAGGGGAGAUAACUCUUAUUUUAGAGAAUUCAAGCACAGAUAAUAGAAACUAGCCAACAAAUAAGGCAAGAUGGGUUGAUAUUUAAACGAGAACUCGC